AUGGAGCAAAUGGCUACAGGGGCUGCCGGAGACGGCCUGAUUCGUGGCUUCUUCGACGCAUGCAUCUCCGGUGCCGAUGCCGGAAUCCAACGCCGUCCUUAUCACAAGAAUUGCAGUUGUGCAAUUCACAAAUCUCGCGGACAAUGUUCUCAUUCCACCUCGGGAAAUAAUGUUUCGUAUCUGAUUCGUCGUACUUGGAGCGAAGGUUCCUUCACGCUUAUGGCUGCUUCUUCUUCUUCUGCUGCUGCCUACGUAUCACCUAGAUCUUCGCCUGCGACGAAUUCCGUCGCUGAUGUUGUCGGAAAGACGGAAAGACGUAUCUAUUUCCUUAUAACGAAGAAUAAUGAAGUAAUCUCUGUUCUAUUACAACCAGGUGAGUUCUGCUUCUUCGUCGGUCACUGA